UUUGUUGUAAAAUGAUAAAACUAGAUGAAUUCGUGUCCGUUAGUGACAUCACCACACCGGAGGGUAUCGACGAUGUAUGCCAAAGGAUAUCGGACAAGGAGAAACAAAUCGAUACGCGACUGGAGGAGAUUCUAUCGCAGCAGUGUCAGCUGGAGGCCAAGAUGCGUGGCAUCGGCGUUGCCCUCAGCAGCCUUACCCUGGUGUCGGAGAAGAGUCAGCAUCUUUCGGAAAUGAUCAAUCACACGGCUUCGCUCGCUGAAAAUGUGAGCGCCAAAGUGAGACGACUGGACGAGGCACGAAGUCGCGUAUCGGAGUGCCAGCAGCGGGUGCACGAUUUAAUCGACUUGCAGCUCUGUAGCCAGGGCGUUAUGAGUGCGAUCCGUGAGGAAGACUUCGAACAGGGCGCUGCCCACGUGAACCGCUUUCUUUCGAUGGAUAAAACGCUCCUCCAGAAGACCGCCGACGAUGUGAGCGGCUCGAUCACGUCGGUCAGCAAAGCGGUCUUGACGCUCGAGAAAGCGACGAUACAGAUCCGGCAGAUGGUGAACCAGAAGUUUGACGAGGCGGUCAAAAAGGAUGACCUGGCGUCGGUGGAGCGAUUUUUCAAAAUCUUUCCCCUACUCGGCAUGCACGACGAGGGUCUGGAGAAGUUCAUCACCUACAUCUGCGGCAAACUGCAGGCGAAGGCGGCAAAAGAGCUCCGCUCAUCGAUGGACAUUGCGAAAGCGGAGAAGCGUACGGCCGUGGCGUACGCUGAUACGUUAACGAUCUUGUUGGAAAAUAUUGCCCGCGUGAUCGAAGUAAAUCAGGCCAUCAUCGAGAACUGCUACGGGCCGGGUCGUUUGGUGCAGAUUUGCCGCGUCUUGCAGCGGGAGUGUGACGACGAAGUGUCGAAGUGCGUGCAGGAGUUUAACCGAAAUCGACAAACGGGGCGAAGAAUCGCGCAGAUUAACGACUACAUCAAGGGUGCGGGCACCAGCUCGGCAAUGGGCCACUACAGGAAAGCCUCCGGUGGCGGUGGAUCAAUGGACAAGCUGAACGCCAAGGAUAUCGACAGUCUCAUCGGCGAGAUCACGAUCAUGCACUCGCGGGCCGAACUGUACGUAAAGUUCAUCAAACGUCGGUGUACUAACGACUUAAAGAAAAGCUCCCUUGAUGCCUCGGUUAAGGAAGGGCGACUGGCGGAACUGAACGCGUUGCUGCAAAAGUCGCGUCUCAACACACAAAUGCAAGAGCUGCUUGGCACGUACCUGCUAUUUGAACGCUACUUUAUGGAGGAGAGCGUCUUGAAGGCGAUCGCACUCGACAGUCUCGAGGACGGUCAACAGUGCUCGAGCAUGUUGGACGAUGUAUUCUUCAUCGUGCGCAAGUGCAUUCGUCGCUCGAACGGCACCCAAUCGCUGGACGGGGUGUGUGCGGUGCUCAACAAUGCGGCCAGCUGCCUCGAGGAGGAUUUCAUGCGUGCCCUCAAGUCACCACUGAAAGCGGGCUAUCCCACGGGUUAUCUCGAUCUUGCGCAAGCGUACAACGCAUUCCAAAGCUCACUGCAGCAUGGACGGCUGCAGACGAGCGAUGCGGAUCAGGCGAGGGGCCGAUUCGUGGCAGCCCUCAACAACGCGGACAUGUCGACCGAGUUCAUCGAAACGCUGUGCAAAAUGAUGGGCGAAGAAAUAGAGGGAACAUUCCCUGGCAUAAGUGGGCGCGAGAAGGAAAAGCUGGACAGUUGCCUUGGCGGAUUACGAGCCGUAGGUGAUUCGCUGAAAGCGUUGAUCGAUUUUGGCUUUCAGCAGCUACGUUCGUCAGCCAUCAAGCCACGGAUACACCCGUGGGUCGAUCAGUUCGUUACGCACAAUCACAAUCUGACCGAGGAAGAGCUGACCACGUACGAAGCGGGAGAAACGUUCGCCCAGUUCCUGAUCGUGCAGAUCGAUGGGUUGCUAAAUUCGUUUAAGGUAGCACUCACGGUGCGCAAUUACGAUGCGCUUGUUAGUAUCAUCACGAGCGAAAUUACCGCACGGAUGGAGCGCGCAAUCAAGAAGACGACGUUCAAUCGGCUCGGAGGGUUGGUGUUGGAUCAGGAGGUACGAGCGUUGGCCACAUUUCUUACCGGGGCCACGUCGUGGUCGGUAAGGGACAAGCUGGCAAAGCUUCUGCAGAUGGGCACCAUCCUAAAUCUGGAGACUGUUUCCGAGUUGCCUGAGUACUGGGAGUCAUCGUCGGCCAGCUGGCGGUUGACGGCCAACGAAGUACGCUCGAUACUAGCGCUAAGAAUCGAUUUCAAAAUGGAGGACAUAAAAAAGCUGAAACUUUAACUGCUAAUAAACAAAUAGGCA